UUCUUUCUCUCCUUCUGCAGCCUCGCGCUCCUCCUCCUCCUCCUCCCUGCGCGCGCUAACACAGCGCAGAGCCCGAGCGGCCUGCGGCUCGAGACGGAGGCCGCACGCACCCACGCCGAAACACGGGGUUUUAGGGAGGCCAAUGAAGAGUAAGGACGAUGGAUGAAGAUGUGGCGAGACUUGCACUCCGUUCCCAAGAGCCGAAGAUCAUCCUCCAUGGCUCAGAUGAUGGGGGGCUGUGUGGAGAGGAGUACGUGGUGGAGCUGCAGGAGACGGUGUUGGUAUCCGAGGGAGACGGUGAUGGAGACGGAGACGGAGACGUGGAGGCCGACGCUGUGAGAGGGUUCUCCUCAGAUGAACUCGUCAUCCAGGAUGCCGUGGAGGACGUGGUCGCCGAUGACGACGAGGGCGUUGCCGUGGAGACGUGCGUGAUGUCUCUGGAGGGCGAGGAGGAGGAAGAGGAGGGCGUUGCCAUGGCGGAGAUGACUGAGGACAUGCUGGUAGAGGAGAGAGAGAACGACUCGGACACCUGCGGAGAUUACCUGAUGAUUUCCUUGGACGAGGCGGGGAAGAUGGUUUCUGCUGAUGGAGAGGAAGUGACGGUGGAAGGAGCGCUAGGUGAUCAGGAAGUGGAGAAAGACGAGGACGGACAGGAGGUCAUUAAAGUUUACAUCUUCAAAGCCGACUCUGGGGAGGACGACCUCGGUGAGCCGGUGGAUAUAGGUGAAGGUGACUCUGAGACCCUGGCUCUGACGGACUCAGUGGGCCGGCCACUGAGGGAGAAAAUGGUGUACAUGUCUGUGGGAGAUGGUCAUCACACUCAGAGUGAUGGAAGUUCUAAGCCCUCUGAUGAGGUGUAUAUGGAGGUGGUCGUCGGUGGGGAGGAGCCAGUUCCUCACGACCGGCCGUACGACAGCACCGCACUCAGCAAGGACUUCAUGCCUGUGGCCUGGGCCGCCGCCUACGGAGCAGAUGAUCAUGAGGGCUGUGAGAACAGAAACGGUGCUGCGAGUGCUUUGCUGCACAUAGACGAGUCCGAUGCUCUGGAUAAACUGAACCGACAGCACGGAAAGAACCGGAGACGAGCGGAACCAAGACAGGUGCAGACAGCGAUCAUUAUUGGUCCGUACGGUCAGCCGCUGACCGUCUACCCCUGCAUGCUGUGUGGCAAGAAGUUCAAGUCUCGCGGUUUCCUGAAGCGCCACACCCGAAACCACCACCAGGACGUCCUGACCCGCAAGAAGUACCAGUGCACGGACUGCGACUUCACCACCAACAAGAAGGCCAGCCUGCACAACCACAUGGAGGUCCACGCCCUCAGCACCAAGGCGCCGUUCGAGUGUGAGACGUGCGGGAAAGACUUCCACCAGCAGGCGGCGCUGUUUUCCCACCGGCUCCAGCACCACCACCGCGAACAGAAACCUCCGGCGUCCGUCGCCUCUCCGCCGCCCCCUGCCGGCGCCACCACGAAAAUGCACAAGUGCAAGUUUUGCGAGUACGAGACGGCGGAGCAGGGCUUGCUGAAUCGCCACCUGCUGGCCGUCCACAGCAAAAGCUUUCCGCACAUUUGCGUGGAGUGCGGUAAGGGUUUCAGACACCCGUCGGAGCUCAAGAAGCACAUGCGCACGCACACGGGCGAGAAGCCCUACUCGUGCAUGUACUGCGACUACAAGUCGGCCGACUCGUCCAACCUGAAGACGCAUGUGAAGACGAAACACAGCCGUGAGCUUCCGUUCCGGUGCGAGCGCUGCGGCCAGACUUUCGGCGAGGAGGACGAGCUAACGCAGCACUCCGCCACGCACGAGGAAGGCCGCGGCAACCACCAGUGCGGCCACUGUGAGCACCGCAGCUCGAACUCCAGCGACCUCAAGCGCCACGUCAUCUCCGUACACACUAAAGACUACCCUCACAAGUGCGCGGUGUGCGGAAAGGGCUUCCAUCGUCCAUCGGAGCUUAAAAAGCACUCGGCGUCCCACAAGGCCAAGAAAAUGCACCAGUGCCGCCACUGCAACUUUAAAAUCGCAGAUCCGUUCGUGCUUAGCCGCCACAUUCUGUCGGUCCACACUAAAGAACAGCAACAACAACAGUCACCACCACAAUCGCCACAACAACCACAGCCGCCACCACCACAACAGCAGCAACAGCAGCCUUCAAUACAAACCCCUUCACCGCCGGUGCCGUCGCAGGAGAAAAUCGCCCCCAAGAGGACUAUAGGUGCGGCGCAGCUAGCGCUAGGUGGCGCGGCUAUGAUUAAAAAGGUUGUGGGUGGGAAGGGGCCGCGAGAGCGGCGGGUCUAUCAGUGUCAGUACUGUGAUUACAGCACUGGAGAUGCUUCUGGCUUCAAAAGACACGUCAUCUCCAUCCACACCAAGGACUACCCGCACCGCUGCCAGUUCUGCUCCAAGGGCUUCCGGAGGCCCUCCGAGAAGAACCAGCACAUCAUGCGCCACCACAAAGACAUGGUGCCGGCUGAGUGAAGCCGGACUCUUCAUCACCUUCAUGCCGCUCCCACCCCCUCCUCCCGGCCGUGCCUCUUAAUUCCUCUCCACUUGCUUCCAUUAUAAUGCUAAAUGGCCAAUGACUCACUAGUGACAUCACUCUCAACUCGUGGCAAACCUCUGCACAAGGUCGCCCGUUAAAGGCGGUAGUUUUGGCAAAGAUCAGUUUCACAUGUUUAGUGUCGGAAUGUGGCGCUACAGGGCUAAUGUAACCAGCAAGUAAUGGCCUUAGCAUCACCUGCAUGCCAAAGAAACUCGCUUUUGUGGUUUCUGACUAUCUACAACCAUGGAGUAAAGAACAUUAGCAUAGCUAAAAACAGUAGCAGCUUCCAUUAAUGAUGCUAACUUCUGUUGUUGCUGUUUAGCUACAUUAGCCUCGUAGUUCCACCAGAGCCGGUUUAUGAGGAGCCUGGCCUCUUCUUAUUUCCACCAUUAUAUCAAAAACAGGACUGCAAAACAGCAGAGGGCGCCCACGAGU